CAUUCAAUAUUUUUUUGCCAUUCAACACACAGCUGAAGGUGUCUAAACUGCAAUGCUUGAAACUAUUUAUUUGCCUUUUUUCAGUGUUCUGUAAGUAGCUGUAAUAUUAUACCUUUACUGCAACUCAUAUCCUCUCAAAUGAAAUGAACAAUGUUGUUGGACAUCAUCAUUCACAUGACAGAGUGAAGAAAUUAACCACUCAAAGUUUCUAAUUGUUGAAAAACCAAAACCAAAACUAAAACACACUGAGCUCCAGGCGACAUGACGAACAGGAACAACUAUCACCUAUGUUUAACUGGAAGAUCACAGAAUACGUCCAUGCUCUGCCCUCCUAUCAGAACUUUGUGUUAGAGCCCAGUUCACACUGAAGCUUCAUGGAGCCUCAGAGAGAACCUGGCUGCUGAUGAGCGAGUGGGAAAGAGCCGAUGAUGGAGAGCCUGCUUGUGAAAACAGACGAAACCGGUGCAGUGGGCGGUCAGGAAGAGGAUUUUCCAUUCUAGGAUGGUCAGAGACAGUCUGGACAGAACGUCUGAUCAGAACCAAAAACGGGAGCCAGCAGCUGAGCCACAGAGUCCGAGGCAGAACCCAGAGGAGUCACAUCGACCCGAACGAGCAGCGGAAAAAAUAAACACAGAAAACAAGGACUCUGCAGGAUCACACCUAGACUUUCUGCUCUGGUGCAAACUCAAAUUCGAGGAGGAGUCGGAGUCCUGGAGGCUGCCAGAGACAGGAGCAGAUGCUGACGGCUUGCCCACACACAUCCGUCCAUUCACCAGCUUUGCAGAGUAUCGUCUGGUCAAACUCACCUACCUACAGCUGCAGGAAAGUGGUUUCUACUGGGGGCCCAUGACCAUGGAGGAAGCACACCAAAGACUCACUCGCGCAGCUCUGGGAACUUUCCUUCUCAGGGACAGCGGCCAGCCCGAUGUUUUCUUCACUCUCAGCUACCAAAGCGAAGACGGCCCCACCAGCGUCCGUGUCCAGCUGAACAACCUGCUCUUCAGCCUGCAUGGCAGCCAAAAAACUUUCCCUUCGCUGUUCGCUUUGCUUGCCUUCUACACCAGCUCCCCCUGUAGGCUGACUGAGCCCUACCGCAGGCAGCGGCCUGAGCGCCUAAAACAGAUGUGCAGAAGAGCUCUGGUACGAACCUACGGUGCCGAAAGGAUGUGCACCUCACCUGGACUCAGCCCUGAUGUUAAGGCUUAUGUCGGUGCGUACCCGUACUGUACAUAGACAAACCUGUGGAUGCAGUGCCUUUUACAGCAUUUAGAUGUGAUUUAUUAAGUUAAAAACUGUGUAUUUGUUGUUUUUGUAUUUUGCUGGAGACAAUUUGGUACCACAUGUACGGUAAUGAGAAAUCAGAUUGAAAGUGUUUUAUUCAUGACUUACAACAUUAUUGUAUGCUUGACAUCUCCAGUUAAUCUGACUGUUCUUGUUAGUAAAAUUUAAAUGAAAAGGAAGUCAAAACAAGGCACACAAAUCAUUGUGGACAUUUUUUUACCUUUAAUAUGACAUCUACCCAGUGCUUCACCAGAAGAAGAGAAAACCUCUGGCUAAGUCCAGACCUGAGUCUGAUUUACUCCUCAGAAGCCGACAAAUCUGGAGUUUGGUUUUAUAAAUUGUUUGUCAAAUUGUUAAAUUGUUUAUCUUGCUCUCAUCUUUUUUGCAUCAUAAAAUCCAGACAUUUUAUCAAGGGUGUGAAAUCUUUAGCUCCACUGUUUUCAAAUCCUGAGGCAAAUGAGGAAACUUUUAAUACAAAAUGUUUUUUAGACAGCACGUUGCCUUAAAACGUCUUCAGGCAACAUGUUGCCAAACUGCACCUCAUCUUGCUAUUAUGUGGAGAAACUGAGAAAUGCCAUUGCAGCAAGUGUCUUUAAAGUUAAUAACAUUUGACCUGUGAAUAAUAACAUAAUCUGUGAUAUGCUUAGUAAUUUAUUUCAGGAAAACAAGAACAUAAUCAUCAAAGCAUCUCAUGGUGAAUUACAUAAUUGACACGAGUAAGCGACAUGUUACAAAUUAAGAAAUUCAUAUCUUUUCUGUCUCAUACAGAAUGGACAGAAAAAUGCUUCUCUGCAUGUUAGUGGACAUGAAGGCCUCAUUUGAAUUUAGGUGUUUGCAAAAGACAUUUCUUUGUUUUUUGGCAGUUUUAUUUUUCUGUUUAGAUCUGUUGAUCUUUCAGUGUUGAAUUUUGUUCCAUUCUGCAUUUGUUUUGUAUGUUAUGCACAAAUCAAACAGUUAUGCACUGAACCCAAAGAUUGCACUUUGGUUGUUCUAGUUGGAGACAUUCGAUUCAAUUUUACUAAUGUGUGCAAUUUUAAAACUAAUUCAAAACUUGAAUUAAUUUGUCAUGUUCUUGUGUCUGUAAAAAUGUAUAUAUUGGUACAAAUGCAGCUAUCUAUUGCACAAUC